GCCGCGCGGGAACGUCGUGUCUAAUCACGUCCACGUAUAAACAUAUAAGUGUAUGUGUAAACGGUGAUAAUUUGCACUGGGCGUUUUUAUAAAUAAUCUCGGAUUUAUUGUCAUGGCAAGAUUUUAAAUUAUAAUGUAAAAAAUUGUGAAAUGAUAUCUCGCGGCUGAAUGAUCAGAUAUUCCUUUGCCUAAUGAUUAAAUAUGGCAGGACAAAGACGUUAAUUAUUUGCUAAAAUUAAUUUACAAUGAAAUAGCGAAAGUGUGUUUGAAUUUAUAUUUCUAAGCUCAUUGUGCUGACGCAAAAGACUUUGAAAAACAAAAUGCAAAUAUUUAAAUAACGAAGAACCAAAAAUCCAAGAUGGCGUCCUCAAACGGACGAGAAAGCGCGAAAAUCACAGCGUCUAUAGACAGUCUGAAGUUAUCCAGUAAGAAUCCUUCAGUGAGUUCGUCGAAACAUGCGUCCUCUGAAUCUGUGCUCUCGAAGAAGGAGAAGGAAUGCCUUCAGAUGCAGGAGUGUAAGAAGAAACUCCUGGCGAUGGAGCCGCAGAUCAUCAUCAGAGAUGAGAAUGUGGUGCUGCGGUCUCCACCACAGAAGAAGAUUGUGAUGCCACCUACAAUAAAUCCUGAGGAGUUGGCAGCAGCGACUCCAACCCAGCGCAACUGGCGCGGCAUCCUGAUCGCCCUGCUGGUCAUCGCUGCAGUGCUGGGCUUGAUCGUGUUCAGCAUAGCACUCCUCACGCCAGCUGGAGACGGAGGCAGGGUGAAGGGGCGAAGACCAACGCUGCAAGAUGUACUGACGCAGCAUUACAAGCCUUUUAACGGGACUUGGCUAACAGAUGAGGAGUUGGUGUUCCGGGACCGGUGGGGAGGGCUGACGCUGUUCAAUGUGAAGAAUUACACCACCAGGCUGCUCAUGACCAACACCACUUUUAGGGAGCUAAAUGCAGUGGACUUCAAAGUGUCCGCGGAUCUGAAGUUCGUGCUUCUGAUCUCCGACGUGCGGCCCGGCUGGCGACACGCUCGGCUGGCCAGGUACCACGUGUAUGACGUCAUAAACAGGAACAAAAUCCCCAUAUCUCCAGUGGAGGAUGACCGUACAGCCCCUCUGCUGCAGUACGCGGAGUGGUCUCCCGUUGGCUCCAGCCUCGUGUUCGUGCACGAUAAUGAUAUCUAUUAUAAGCCAAGGGUGCUCAAAACGCUCGUCUGCAGAAUCACUAAGAACGGCGUCCCAGGAGUGGUCUUUAAUGGCGUCCCUGACUUCCUCUACGAGACAGAAGUGCUGCGGCUGGACAGGGCGCUCUGGUUCAGCCCUGACGGCCAGACGCUGAUGUACCUCACGUACAACGACACGCAAGUCCAGCAGUACAAGUAUCCGUGGUAUGGAUUGGACCAACCAGAGCCGCCAGCGUAUCCUACUAUACGGACGCUGAGGUACCCUAAGGUAAACACGAACAACCCGGUGGUGACAGUGUACGUGGUGAGCCUCAAGACGCCCAAGUUCCUGUUCCCUAACGCGAUAAACUUCGGACCACCGGUCGACAAAUCGUGGUACGUGCGGUGGACGGAGUGGAUGUCGGAGCGCCAAAUUGUCACACUACUGCUCAACCGGCCUCAAAACCUCUCCAUCAUCAGCGUCUGUAGCGCGGUGCAUUACAACUGUCAAGAGAUCUACCGCGACGAAUCCGACGGCACGCGCUGGUCGGGGCUCGGCGCGGAGCCUGACGAUGAAGAAUGCGGGUGGUGCGGAGGCCGCGCAGUGUUGGGCUCCCGGAGUGGAGUGUUCACCACCACACCGCUGCGGGAGGGCGCCUCCUCCUGGCGGCACGCUGUGCGAGUCGGGACUGAUGGACGCACCACGCUCACCAUGGGGAACUAUGAGAUCAGUCAACUCCUGGGAUGGGAUGAGAGGAGGCAGUUGUUGUACGUGCUGGGCACGGCGGCGGGGCGCGCGGGCGAGCGGCACCUGUACCGCGUGCGCGCGCCGCGCGAGCCGGCGGCGUGGCCCGCGCCGCCCGCCUGCCUCACCUGCCCCGGCGAGCCGCCGCCCGACGCCUCCGCCGACGCGCUCAGCGAGGACCCCGAUUACGUGAACUUGACCCUGUCGCUCCCGUCGUGGCCGACGUCCACGGUGCUGCCCGACACGGAGCCGGACGAGAACGACACGCUGCCCACCGACUGCCUCUACAACCGCAUCAUCUUCAGCAAGAACUACUCUUACUUCGUGCAGGAGUGCCUGGGCCCGGGGCCGGCGCGCGCGCUGGUGCGGGACGCGCGGGGCGCGCGGCGCGCGGCGCUGUCGGACGCGCGCGCGCUGCGGCUGCGGUUCGGGGCGCUCGCGCUGCCGCAGGUCAAGGUCUUCCGCGUCGAGGUGCAAGCGGAGAGAGAAGCGCGCGUGCGUCUUCUACUGCCUCCUGGUUUCAGAGAAAGCGACGAUCUGCCACUGCCUUUAGUACUACAUGUAUCUGCAGAGCCCGGUGGUCAAUUAGUGACAGAGCGGUGGCAGCCCAACUGGGGCUGGUACCUCGCGGCUACCAGGAACUUCAUAGUGGCCGAGAUCGAUGCGCGAGGGUCUGGAGGGCAGGGUGAAGAGUUAAGAACAGAAAUUUAUCAAAAACUGCUCUCUAUUGACGUUGAAGAUCAGAUUGCAGUGCUAUCUUGGCUGCGCGACAACCUGCGCAUGGUGGACGGGUCGCGGGUGGGCGUGUGGGGGCGCGGGUACGGCGGGGGCGCGGCCGCCGCGCUCGCCGCUGCCGAUACAAGAAAUGUCACCGCGUGUGUCGCUGCUGUCGCGCCGCUCACUGAUCUACGAUAUCACAACUCGUACUGGACGGAGCGCCGCGGCGGAUGGGGCGCGCGCUGGGCGGCGGCGCUGGCGGGCUCGGCCGCCUGGCGCCGCGCGCGCUUCCUGCCGCCGCGCCGCGUGCUCGUGGCGCACGCGCCCGCCGACCUGCGCCACCACGCGCACCACGCGCUCGCACUCGCGCGCGCGCUCACACAAGCCGACGCGCUCUACCACCACCAGGUGUAUCCAGACGAAGGACACAACUUCGAACAUUCCUCAAUCCACCUUCACAAGACCUUGGAGCAGUUCUUCGACGAGUGCUUCGGGCCGGUGGAGGUGGCCGACUGGGACACGGGAGGGGUAGGCGGCCUCUUCCCCUUCCGCGACUAGCGAACUGACCGCUAGACAAGAACUUACCACCGCCAGAGCACAGCAUGGUGUUUGUGUCAAAUCAGUGAAUCUGUAUUAAUUCUGCAGUCCCAGUGGAAAGCGGUGUAGAGAUACCAAAUAUUAUAAAUUAUCAGCGCUGUUAGGCUUUAUGCCUUAAUGAAACUGACAGCAUCGAUCAGAUAAAAAAUAAUCUGUCCAAACAACUAUCAUAAAAUCAAAUAAAUAAAUCAUACAUUACCAUACAAAGAACAUAAAAAUGUAAGAUUAAAGUUAUCUGAACACACUAGGACUUCAGAAUUAUAAUUUAAGACUACUUACACGCUGACCAACACUGUGUGAGAUAUUGCAAAGCAAGCCUAUAUGAGCCUAUAAUGUUUUCCAAUAGAUAAUGUAGACAAUGCAAAUAAACUGAACUAAUAAAUAAGAUAUUUCCAAGAUUUAUGUAACAUUAAAAUUGUCUCAAGAAAAAUAGUGACCUAUUAAAUUUUAGCAUCAAAUACUGUACUUAUGCAAUAGAGAAUCGUCACAUGGAACUUUAAGUUACAAAGUAUUGCAACAUACACUUUGGUUGUCACCUUAGAUAGCAAGAGUUACAUUUGAAAGGUGUCAGUAUUUUCACUGCCUACUUUAAACUGGGAGACAAGAUUGAACACUGCCGUUUGGAAGCAGGAAUAGACAAUAGGUGAUUUUUGGGCAGAAUGUCACAUAGAAGAGAUUUCGCUAAGGUUUAUUUACAUUGUCCACAACAUUUAUUGCAAACGAGGAUAAUAACAUUCACUUAAAUGGUUAUAUCACGAAGAUUAUAAGGUUUCAUAAAAUGACAUCUUAUUUGGCACUAGAUACUAGCUUUACUACGAUGUUAGGCUAAACGCUUUAAAACAAAAUGGCUACUAAAAAUGAGAUUGAAAUGGAAUAUCAAACAUACAAUGAUUAUAAUAAAAAGAGUUUAACUUUGCAUUAUUAUGUGUGUGGCAAAUAAUAUAUUUCAUACAAAUUCAAAAUACGAAUACCCUAGAAAUACUUGUCUAUGAAAUUAAAUCAAAGAACUCUCUAGUCUAUUUACAAGGUUACCAAGUUAAAAAUUGCAAAACCCUACAAAAGUAAGCAAAAUGUGUUUUUGGAUGUUGUAUUAGUUUCAAAUAGGGGACCUUAGGACCCCGUGAUAAUUUUAAUUCAAUUUUAAUCACCCAAGAAUACUGUUAUAAUGUUCCUACGACUUUUUGGCAUUUGCAGACCAAUUUUCUCUUAACCCUUUAUCUACGUCAUACGUAUUCCUAAAGAUAUGGAAUUCUACCGGUGGGAAUUAUCGCGAGGGUUAGCUGUGGUUUGUAGCCUUUAAUUUGUCUAUUUUACACCACGGCCUUCUUAUCUCCUAUUACUUAUUUACUUGAGGUCAGUAUUCUCUCCUUAUAGCUUUAUUAUUGUUAGGAAUUUACUUAAUUUCUUUGAAAUAAUACCAAUCAUCCUUUAUUGUAAAUAACAGUUGGUUAUUUAUUUUUUAUUUAUUAGUUAAAUGAAUGCCGGAUUGUUUUUGUUUUAGUUAUAACGUCUAAUUCAUUUACUUAGAUCACUUAUCCAUUCUAUUAAAUCCUUGCAAAAAUUUCAAGUAUUUUUUCUAUUAUAAGCAUUUAUAAAAAUUGUAGGAAUACUUCUUGGAACUUGACGUUGUUCUGCAUGCAGAUUGUUACUCCAAGAAAUGUGACAGAUUAAGGACCCUCUCUCCUGCCGCCACAUAUUUGGAAUAUGACGGAAUAAAAAUAAGAGGGAAACCACUCAUAUGGGAAAAUUUCUUAUGAUUAUUGUAAGAGAUGAUAUUUUAGAAUGUAACGUAUGAAAAUUUUAUCUUAACGUUUCUAUAUCGCUUUCAGUGUCAUAUUCGAAGAAAUGUAGCUUUAAAAAACUACUUAGACAUUCGUCGACUCUUUAUUAGUUUGACUAUCUAGUCGGUAAUCUAGUCUCUAGUCGGUAUUUCUUGGCUGUCAAAUAGAAUGACAGAUCGAAGUUCGUUCCGUUUUGCGUAAACUAAACUUCAUUCAUUUAUAUCUAUGAAAAAUGAUUUCCUCUAUUUUGUUAAUAAAUGUUAAAGACGGAUAUGUUAAAAAUGUUCAAUCGAUGUUGAGACUAAAAUUAUAUAAAAAUGUGAUAGGUGUUUUUAAUUGUAUAUUAAAGUAAUUGAUUGAAUUUAAAUGGUAAUCGACUGUGUAAAAUUUUCAUUUAGUUAUAGUGGAUUAAUGGGAUAUUUUAAAAUGUAGGCAUAUUCCUACGUUUGUCCAAUGGUAUUUUUGUAAUAUAAAACAAAAUAUAUUAAUGUGUGUUAAAAAGUUGCAAGUUGCUCGUUAUUAAACCCGACUUUAUGUGUUCCUUGGUAUUUACUCAGUAAAGGUAUAUCUACACUAAAGCGCUGUUUCCUUUUGCACUUUAGCGCGCACUGCACUUAAAAAAA